GGAUAAACGCCAUGAUUCCCAACAUUAACAUAGGUGAAAUUUAACUAAUGCAAUUUGAAAUUUUUAGGCUCGCAAAUUAGCGAAAGACCCAGCCGUCAAGUUGGAAGAGCAACAGCCGGAAUUGGCGCAGUGGGUUUUUUCAUCGAGCGAAAGCGAAGACGAAGAAAGCGACGCGGAAACGAAGAACACAACGGCUAAAGGUAGCGAAGCUAUCCCUGAGAUUAGAACCGAAAAGGUGCAAGAGCAAGUCGUCGAGGAAGAGGUAUGGUUGUAUUCAUGGUUUCUCAUGUCCGCCGUUUCAUUGAUAUUCAGCCAUGUUCUUAAUCAGUGCUUUCGUUUUGCAAAUAUUGUAUAUUUAGUACAAUUUAGUUUUAUGAUUAAUUUUAUAGUCCCCUCUACACUUUCUUAUGUGUCCAAUCCGUCGUAUAGCAUUGUUGUCUGCACCUCACUUUAUUCCAGAAUAGUUUGUUUUUUGUAGUU